AAAGAGUAGAAGACAAAAUUCUCCUAAUUCUUUCUUUCUCGGAGGCCAAAAACAAAGAGUUUGAUCCUGUCCCGAGAAAGACUGAAUAAGCAAAUGUUGAUUUUCUUACCUGGAAAAAUUUUAAAAGACAUAAAUGCAUCACAGUCGUGUAAUUUUUUUAUGUAUUUAUUUUUGUUCGUUAGGAACUAAUAUUUCAGUAAAAAUUGUUGACGAGCACAUAUAACUCUUGCCUGAAAAAAAAAGGGUCAGUGGUGAGUAUAAUUGACUUUCUUUUCGGACUGUCUAGUUUGCUUAUUUAUGCAUUGUCAAUCGUUCGUUUGUUCACGAAGGAUUUUUUCCUUUUACUAAAGGAAUGGAGGGAAAGGUGCUCGUAAAAAGUUAGUUGAUAAAUUUUCCCAUAGAUAUUUCCUUUGCUGAAAUAAAGAGACGAGAAAUUUCUGUUGUUGAUUUUGGCCAGUGCGGCAAUGAAUUGAGUACCCGUAGAAGAAGGCAAAAAAAAUUAAUUCGAGCCCGGACACUCAUUGCAUUAUUCAUUAGGGCACUAGGAUGAUCCCCUGUAGUCACAUAUCUUUUUUUCAUCUACGAAGACAAGUAAAAAAAUUCACUCUGUACUUAACACUGAGAUUGGGCUUCAAGUGCUCCAUGCAACUUAUGUAACAAUGAGGAUCAGAAUGAGGAUGACGAUGAUGAGUUGGCGACCAGUUUGACGGUGAGGAAGAUUUUCGACCUUUUUUCUGGCUAGAAAGACUAGAAAUCUUUCACAGUAUCACAGCUUUCUUGAGAAAAAGGCUGAUAUUACGACCCUCUUUUUUCCAAAAAGCAACUGACCAACUCGCGACUAUGAGGCCUCCUUAAUUAGCUAAACGCCUGCUCUAAAAUUGUUCCCAAUGUCCAACCUUCCGGGAUAAUAAUAAACGAUAAGUGACGGCAGGGUACUAAUCCAGUUACGCUCGGAAACCUUAAAGGGGUGUAAAUCCAGCUUUAUCUCAGUACCCUAAGGUUGUCUUCAAAGGCACCGAUUUAACUUAGAUGUACCGUUGAAUUCUGGCCAAAUUUAGUCGCGCAUUUUUGCACGAAUAUUUACGCUCUCGUGGCUUUCAACAAAAUUGGUGUAAAGUAACUUUUCGCGCUCUGUUUGACUCAAGUUUAUGCAUUAGCCCCCGUAUGUCUUCGGUAGGUUGUGUUUUACAGCUACGGAACAAUAGCAUGAGAGAGAGUCAUGAUUUGGAAACCCGAGCGGGAAACCCCUUCCAAGAUUUCUAGGGAAGACCCCAUGGGAACAAGGAACGACUGUUUUCCUCUGACGUUUUGUAUCCGGCUUGCGACGUUCGUUCGCCCUCAACUUGCUACCGGAAAUAGCAAUGAUCUUCCUUAUUAAGAGCCACAAGUUAACAUCCAUUUAUCUUAUAUUUUAGAGGUGCCAUUUUGUCUCUUAGUGAUCUGAGGUCUGUUUACACUUUGUUUUGGAAUCGUGUCUGAUAGCUCAAGUUCGAUUACAUGCAACCAGGAUGAUGCGUAGAAAGGUUUUUACAUCGAUGGCAAUUUUUGGUGGCAUCUAUAUUAUUUGGCUGAUUAUUUCAACAGAAAGGCAGAGAUUUAAAGGUAAGAACAUAAAAAGAUGUAGAUUGUUCGGCAUUUCCUAUAUUAGCUGAGGAGAGACUUCCUUGUAACUCGGUCGAAUCCAUUGUUGCGUCUGCGUUCCCAGAUAAAUAUGUAUCUUGAACUCUCAGUAACAUUUUUUUGUGAAUAGAAAUGAUUUUUCUCGUUUUCGCACCUUUUCUGCUCAACAUGAUUCAAAUUCUGUUAGAUUUUUCCUUGCAAAAUAUGUUUUUACCUGGUUAGGUUCAUUUUUUUUUUGCAUGAAAUCACUCGCGUUUUCGAUUCCACCGCUUUCCGUCCAUCGUGUUCAAGAAACACAACGUUAACAAAUACUUUGUUAUUUAGUUUUUAAUGUCGUUGUCGAUUUGUAUCCCUUUGUUUUCCUUCGUAAUUUGUGAAUAAUCAUGGUUUUUCAACCACCGGAGUCACAACCUUGUAAUUUGGCUAUAUGGCUAUGUACCAUAACUAUCUUUAUUACCCUUUCACUUUAGAGCUAAAGAUCAAUCCUUUAUGUAGUAUCUGCUACGCAUUUCUUGUUAUUUCAGUUGUAAAAAAUUUAGUUUAAUUAAACCAUAUCCCCUCAUCUAGUAUAGUGUUAUGGCUAGCUAUGGGAGAAUUUACUUUUUGAUCACUCCUGCGAAAAAAGGCCCAAUAACACCUGAAUAAGGCGCGCUUCAGCUUGUUGCACUUUGUAUUUUGGUCACAUCAAAUGUUUUUAAGCCUUUUGCACAUAUUUUCCCCCUUCUAACAUUCUUUUUGACCUGGCAGGAAAUGCGUGCCUUUACUCAAACUGUUUAAUGCGCUUGGAGUGAUUCCUGAAACAUUUUAUAAUCCAAUUAUAAUGUCUUGCGCUUUAAUCAGUCCCACUGAGGUGCUUGAAAAUAAACGAAGUUAUAUUUCAUCAACGAUUUAGAACGAUUCACUCUCCAGUUUUAGAACUUACUUUGUUACACUGUGUUGCAAUUCAUCUCAUUUUCAAAGUGGUCCCAUGCAUCUUGAUCACUUGUGAAGAAAUAAACACGCACGUAUAUGCGACGGAAUUUGUAGAAAAUCCGCUCACGGUAGUUAUUCUCUUCUGAGUAUUUAAUCUAGGAACACACUGUACUCAAAUUCACGUACAUAAAUUUUCAGAUCAAUUUUAUUUUUCUACUCGGGAAGAGUAAUAACGACUUUAUGAAAGCUUGAUGAGUUUUAGAACAAAAGUGAAAAUAACAAGGCAGAUAGCGGUACGCGUAACUGUUAAAUGUCCCGUUUUGACCCUAAAAAUGUUCGUUUUUAAAAAUAGAUAGAUCUGCUGCUUCAUUUCUAGUAUUUUCGUUUUUCACUCUCAUCAAAGGUCAGGAAGUGGAAUUGAGAGAUGAUCACCAAAACUAAAACCCUGUGACUUGUUAGAUUCGCGACUUAAAGCCUUCAGUAAAUCCCUACGGAAUCUGACGAAUGCUACUUAAGUUAAUGACUGCUCGUUCAAUUUAAGCGUCCAAAUAGUAAUCGAUCGUGUCUCGGAUACAGCAGCGUGAGUGACGUUCAAAUUUUUUUUUCCUUUUUGCUUAGUGUAAUUUAAAGUCCACUUGCGAAAAUUACUUGAUAUAAGACCGUAUAAUUCAAUUAAGAAUUUUUUUGUGUCGUCUUGGGGUUAAAUGUGGUGUGUUCUUCAUUGUUCUUAGCAGUAAAAAUUAGCGGUACAAAUUGUGGGAAUUGGACAAAUAAUGAUUUAUUAGGGAGACCUUAUAUUGACGAGGGAAUACAGUACUUUACUGCUAGUUGCUUGGUAUGACGGAACUCGGAAUAAGCUCGGUCCUGAUGAACUGCGCCGAGAAUUUGUUUUGUUUUGUUUUUUGUACCGAUUUCUAUCGAAUGAUGCGACGAAUUAUUUAAGCGACGACACAGGAAUCUUUAGGCUUCAGCUGUAUAAUAGAGGUGGUUGGCCUGUUGUGUACAUCAGGUGCUGUUCCUUUGUCAAAUCUAUUAACAUCCACAAUCUGUGUAUUGAAAAUGAGGUCAAGUAUAAAUAACGGGAAUGAAAGUAUGUCUAAGCUUGUUCUUUUUCCACAGGUCUCGCCUCAAAAGAAUUAUCAUAUAACACAUCAGGAUCAGGAUGGUCAACAAAACCAGAGGUCAGUAAAGUGAAGAACAAGUUAAGAACAGCAAAAAGUUACUUCAAAAUCAAAAUUUUCCCCACGAUUCAUAUCUCGAUUUCUCCAAAAGCCUUUCCUCACUCCCUCCCAUAUGGUCGAGACAAAGUUUCAAGUGUCAACCGUUACAUGUCGCGUGUCCUACAAAGAGGAGACAUCCUCUGUUAUGGAUGGAUUAUAUCGAAAAGUUCGUUUUGAGUUUGAGCUCAAAUCAAAACUCAGCAUUUUCUCAUCAUGUUAAUUGUCUGGAAAAUAAUACCAUGGCCUUAAAACAAAUGACAUUUUGACAGUCCAAAGACAGUUCAUGAGUUUCCUUGGUGAAUAUGAACUUGGUAGUAUGCCUUUCCCGAAGCCAGUAGUAAGUGUUUGACCGUAGAACAACUGACAAAAUAUUGUCAAGGUUAUAACGGAUUGCAGAGUUUUUUUAAGCUUUUUGACUGGUUCAGAAAACCUACCACCAAUUUCUUAACCAAUCAAAUGCAACACUUAACGAAUGGCGACCUGGUCUCUUGCGUUUUCUCUUUCUUUAGACAUUCACGAGACAUUUAGUUUAAUUCCAGUUGGCUUAUGAUUAUAUUUACUUCUGUUGCGACUGAUAGUUAAGAUUACUUCAAUUGUGGUUUUCACCCGGGUCAAACGAAAAUCGCACUAAACCUUUCUACUUUCAGUCCGUUCAUUCUAUGACAUCUAGACAAGAAGAGAGAAAACGUCAAGUUCUGGCAUACUGUAAAAAGACGAGGGCAAGAGCACUGCAAGCUAAGGACCUAAAUCAUUUCAUAGUGGACAGCAAACACCGACUGGUCUAUUGUUAUAUUCCUAAAGUUGCGUGCUCCAAAUGGAAGAAAAUCAUGGCGAAACUUGUGGGGUUGACUGGCAAGUCUGUACACAAACAAAAAUUCAACUUUCUCAGCUAUCACUCCAAAGCUGAUAUACGUUAUAUUUUGCAGAACUACUACAAGUUUCUUUUCGUUCGCGAGCCUUUUGAGCGACUAUUGUCAGCGUAUAGAAACAAACUGACCAAUCAAACUGAUAUCUACAAAUUGUACGCGAGCAAAAUCAAGCAAUCUGUCAGAGUAAGACUGGGCGCUAAUGAAACAUCUUCAGCACUUCAUGGAAAAUUUAAGUUCGAGGAUUUCAUAUCAUACUUAAUCGAUACUCACUCAAUAAGGGGGAAAAUAGAUGAACAUUGGAAUCAUUACGAUAACCUCUGUCAUCCGUGCGAGAUAGACUUUGAUUUUAUCGGAAAAUACGAGACAUUAACAGAGGAUGCUCCAUUUGUGUUACGCGAGGCGGGUGUGGAUCAUUUAGUAUCAUUUCCUCCUGUCCGUUACACAUCAACUAGGAACAGCUUGGGGGAUUACUAUUCCAAGGUUCCACGAGAAGACAUUAUGCGGGUCAAGAAACUUUACCGUCGCGAUCUUGAAAUGUUCGGGUACAAUGCUAAGAACUCUCUAGGAAGCAUAAUAAAGUAA